AUGUAUUCGAAGCUGACACCGGAGGCCGAGAACUGGCUCAAUCGACUACCACCCGUUCAACCGAUGAACAGGACGAUCCAUGUCUUCAUCUAUGGGAUCGGAAGAAGCGGAACGUCCAUCGUCUCCCGGAUUUUGUCGGCUCACCCUUCCGCCAUAUACUUUCACGAGCCAUUUCUCCCCAAAAUCAAGCUAUCUGGUGUGCAGUGGGAGCAUCCACAUUUAGACAUUUAUGAACGGCUUUACAACUGUAACUUUAGCGGGAUCAUCCCCGAUCUUCCCAUGUAUCAUUGGAAGAACUCGGUUCCGUUUUCCGUUUGGCCUUAUGUGGAAUUCCUCUUCGGCAUGAAACUCGCUCCCAUGGUGACUCCUGUGGUGUUUUCGAGACUGGUGAGGAACGAGGCCUUCAUGGAGAAACACUGCUCCAAGUAUUCUAUCAGAGUCAUCAAAGAACCAGAUCGAAUGCCAAUAGAGGAUUUGAGUCCUCUCUUGAACGACUUUCCAGAUUUGAAAGUCAUUCACGUUUGGAGAAAUCCGGUGGACCUGUUUAGGGCCAGGUCGGACGAGGUCUGGUGCUGCGGAAGCUGCAAAAACAUAACUCAUCUCUGUAAGACGACUGAGGAUAUGUUGGGACGCAGCUUUGAAUUCUCCAAAUCGUUCCCCAACCGCUACAUCAACGUCCACUUCGAUGACAUCCUCAGGAACCCUCGAGAAGUGAUCGACGCCUUGAUCUCUCACCUUGAGAUUCCUCCGCACCAGUCCAUCGAGGAUUUCGCAGAGAAAAUGCUGCGAAGGAACAUCCCACCCGCGUCGACCUCUGACCUCCCUCCGCUCUGCCAAAAUGCUGCUGAACGACUCGAAUGGCAUCGUCGGAAUACCACCUUAGUAUGA